GAUUCGGUGCUGCUUUUGCAAACGGCGACUACGCUCAAUAUAAGUUGCAGUUCUCAGUUUCUAAUCCAUUGGGCCUCCUCAACUGGAUCAAAAUCCUGUGGCCGGUUCUUUCAUUGCACACUCUUUAUAUCUCCCUGAGUGAAAAUCCUGUCAGGAUCUAUAAUGCCGCCCUGAGAGGGUCGCUAAUAUCCGUUCUCAUUGUCGGCUGCAAUAUUUUAGAUGCCUCAACUGGUGGCGAGCCCUUUCUAGCUCUAUCACUGGCUUCGGUGCAGACCGGUGCAGCUAUUGCGCUGGCUAUCCUCCAGAUCCUCUUUCCCCGCCGGCCCGAGCUGUUCACGCCGGAGGGAAAGCCAGUGGAUCUCGAAGACAGCUUGUCGGCAUUCCACAAAUACUCUAUGCACUGGUGUGAAAGUGCCCUCCGCCUGGCUGAAUGUCAUGUCGCCGUUGACGAGCUCCCUGCCCUGGGCCACCGCACACGAUCGACGAGUCAGCCAUUGCUAAUAAUUGCGUCGAAAACAUCCCUGUGGAAUCGCAUGAUCGCGGAUCGAUAUGCCGAGCUGGUCAAGCAAUGGUCUAUUAUGUUUGUGCGAUCAGUACUGACCUUUGGCUCCCCUUACUGUGUUUUGCGACUGCUAAAAAGCCUAGAGGAUCACCAGGGCUCGACGCAGGAAGCUUGGGCCUGGUUGAUCGGAAUCGGCGUAUCUUCUACAUGUCAUACGGUGCUUGAUCAUCAUCUUCUGUGGAUACAGUGGUCGGAGAUGGCAAUUCCAGUGAGAGCACAGCUUAUCAUGGCCCUUUUUCAAAAAGCGCUACGUGCCAAAGAUUCAAAAGACCCAAAGGAAACGAAAACCAAGGCUGCUUCUGACAAGCCUGAAGCCCUCAAUCUUAUCUCAUCGGACACUCUUUCCUAUAGCAAAUUCACCGCCGUCAAUCACUAUAUACCCGCGUCCCUUUCCAGGUUUUUCUUCGCCUUGUUGUUCCUUAUCAAACUACUCGGCUGGGAAAGUACUCUAACGGCUAUUAUUGUCACCGCGAUAAGCAUACCGAUACAUACAUUCGUCAUUAAACAAGAGCGAAUUGCGCAGAAGAAUCUUUCAGUCGCGCGGGACAAGAGGACCAAGGCGAUUAACGAAGCUAUGCAUGCUCUGCGACAAAUCAAAUUCUCGGCCCUGGAGAUACAGUGGGAGGAGCGCCUCGAGACGUUUCGACAGGAAGAGAUUAAACAGUUGCGCAAGCGCUUCGUUACCAAGAAUAUAAGAUUGGUAUGGAGUGUUGCAUCCCCCCUUAUUGUCGCUGCAGCUUCAAUAUGCACCUACGCCUACAGGGAGAGAUCAAUCUCUCCGUCCGUCAUCUUCCCCAUGAUCGAGCUCUUGCCUCACCUCGAAGGAACCUUGGGGUUUCUUCCUGUUGUCUUCCAUGAUUACUUCACCGCUAAGUCCAAUGCACACCGCAUGGAGCAAUACCUGAGGAAGCCCGAACAAGAGAAGAUUCUAGAUUCCAGUCCGUCAGGGGAUGUUUCAUUUCACAACGUAUCCGUCACUUGGCCUUCUGAUGAAGUAAAAGCCCCGAAUGAUCAAGAAAAGACUACCUCUUCGCGCAACUUCACUCUCCAAGAUAUCAAUCUCGACUUCCCUGUUGGCGAACUGAGCGUUAUACAUGGGAAGACGGGAUGUGGAAAGAGCUUGUUGCUUGCUGCGAUCCUUGGAGAAGUCGAUCUGCUUCGUGGUCGUAUCAAUGCACCAUCAGUAGCGGAUGGACAGCCUGUUGCAUUUGUGUCCCAAACCCCAUGGCUCCAGAAUACCACUAUCAAAGAGAACAUUCUAUUUGGAAGCCCUAUGGACAACGAGCGGUACGAGAAAGUGCUGAAAGCAUGCGCACUCAACCACGACCUUGCCGCUUUGCCCAAAGGGGACGAAACUCAGAUUGGUCUACGCGGCGUCAAGCUCAGUGGAGGUCAACGCGCGAGACUCUCUUUCGCAAGGGCCAUAUACUCGAGUGCACAGUUAUUGGUGCUGGACGAUAUAUUCUCCGCCUUGGAUUCCCACGUGUCCAGAGAUAUCUUCGACGCACUGACCGGAGAGCUUUGUCGAGGGCGCACACGGAUUCUCGCGACACAUCAGGUCUCUUUGUGUCUACCGGCGACAAGAUAUAUUGUCCAUAUUGAAAACAACACCAUCAACUCUGCAGGCGGUACAGACUCCAUUGAAGGGAAAUGGGAGGUAGUUGAAUCAGAGUUGGCUAUUGAACCUGCCGUUAUUGAACCUACACCUAUUAAUGAAAAGCCGAAGAAAAGUGCUGGCCCCAAGACAAAGGCGAAAAGGUCCGACGCGCGGACAGACUUGAAUGUGUAUAAGAGCUACUUUGCAGCUGCAGGCGGUGUCGGAUUCACGGUAUUAUAUGUCCUAGGCCUAAUCGCGAAGCAAUUAUUGAACUCCCUGUCGAAACGGACCAUGGGACGCAUCAAUUCAGCACGUCCCAAGGAAUGUACACCCCGCGAUGCAAGUGUGGAUGGCGGAUUACAGCAUUAUCUGUAUCUCUAUCUGUUAACUUUGCUCCUGGCCGUUGUGCUCGAGUUUCUUUUCAAUCUGCAUAGGUUUGCGGGGUCGUUGCGCGCGUCUAAGCACUUACUGCGCAAAGUUACGUACAAAAUCCUCCGAAUGCCCCUCCUCUGGCUUGACAGCACACCCAUCGGGGAGAUACUGGGACGAUUUACUGUGGAUGCCAGGAACGUGGACGAUAAUGUUCUCGUCGUUAUGUCUGACUUUGCCGACUGUAUCGUUCAGGUCCUAGUAAUUGCGUUCAUUGGGUUGUAUACAUCCAAAUAUACGAGCGUCUUGACCGUGACUCUCCUUUACCGGUGUGUUCGAGUCGGUCAGCGCUACAUCAAAGCACGCACCACGGUGAAGCGCGCCGACGCAGAGCCCACGGCCGAUAUUUUCGAGCAUUUCACAUCCUCUGCGGCGGGAGUCUCGACGAUCCGAGCAUUUGGGGCCGCAGACUGGCUAGCGGAUCAGAUGCACGAGCGUCUUGAUCGGCUGUCAUCUGCACGACGACACUUCCAGAUGUUCAGUCGUUGGAUGGGUCUCCAGUUGUCUCUUGCCAGCAUUAUAUUUACCACCGGCACGGGGAUUGUUCUUCUGACCUCUACGUCCCUCAUCGAUGCUUCUCUGGUUGGGUUCUCUCUCAGUUUUUCUAUGGGGUUCUCCCGUGCCGUGUUCCUCGGAAUCAACAACCUCGGCAUGCUGGAAACCUACAUGGGCGCGGCCGGGAAUAUGAUCGCAUAUUCAGAACUCGAACCAGAGAGGCAAGACGGUGAAGAGGUCCCCAAAGACUGGCCAUCGCAAGGGAAGGUUGAAGUCCAGGACCUCAACGUUGCCUACUCGGCUGAUCUUCCCCUCGUCCUGAAAGACGUGUCCUUCCGCGUGGAAGGAGGCAAACGGAUUGGAAUCGUCGGUCGGACCGGAGCCGGUAAGUCCUCACUGACACUGGCCCUUCUGCGACUGGUGGAGCCUCAAGCCGGAUCCAUCUUGGUCGACGGCAUCGACAUCGCCACCGUCAAGAUCCAAACCUUGCGGUCCCGAAUCGCGUUCAUCCCCCAAGAUCCCGUCCUAUUCUCAGGAACCCUGCGGUCCAACCUCGACCCCUUCGGGCAGGUCCCGACUGACAAGCUAGAGGAGGCUCUACGACGCGUCAAGCUGCUGGCGGAGAGCCGCGAGGACGAGGAAUCGGGUCUGUUCACCCUAAACUCCCCGAUCAGCGCAGGUGGGGCCAACAUGUCCCAAGGUCAGCGCCAACUGCUCUGCCUGGCUCGCAUCCUGAUAAAGAACCCGAAGAUCAUCAUUCUGGAUGAGGCGACGUCGGCUGUGGACAACAAAACAGACCUGUUGAUCCAGGAGACCAUCCGGAGCCAGUUUCACGGGACCUUGAUCGUGGUCGCGCAUCGCUUGCGGACAAUCGCAUCUUUCGACCAGAUCUUGGUUCUGCGUGGCGGAGAGGUCGCUGAGAAUGGCACGCCGGCUGAGCUCUUGAGCGGCCAGGGGCUUUUCUACGAUCUUGUCCAGAGUAGUGAGGAUCGUGAGUUUUUGACUGACACUAUCGGGGGAGUCGGGAGUAGCGACACAUCGCCCUAGCUAGAGGUUGUUGGAUGAAACAUCUGUUUGGGGGUCAUACCUAUGAUAAUGAUGGUGUCAGGACCAACGAGAUGAUUGUGUUUUUUUAGCAUUGCGCUCGUGUAUGCGAUGCAAUCGAAUCCCCCCCUCCCCCACCCCCUUGUUCAUUUUUAGAUUUACAUGUAG